AUGGAUCUAAGACCAAUAACCUUCGAGGCCAACACUGGCGAGAGGAGGGGUCCUAAGUGCGCUAGGAUGUCACCCAGAAAGACGAGGGUGGCAGCCAAGAAGAGGACCGCGAAACGCAAGGCUGUUAGGAAGCCCAAGCCCAAGAUAAAGUCGAAGUCCAAGACCAAGUCCAAAGCCACCCGGCAAGCGAGUUGUUGUUUCAAUUCGGCUGCUGUGGCGUCGCAGUGCGUAAUACUUUUUUUUUUUUUGUUUCUAGCGUCCGCGACGCGUCGACGCGUUGUAAGCGGUUUGAAAGGUAGCGCAGCACUGGCGCUCGGCCGCCGAAUCGAACAGCUGAGCGGUUCCGAAGAGAGAGCCGAACCACUCACGAACACUACCACUCACCAAUAUCACUGAAAUAGCCCCAUCUCUGUGUGUGUCCGUGUGUGUUGUAAACGCUCUUACAUUCCGCGCCCGAAUUUUUCGGGCUUUUCCCUGGUUUUUCUUUUGGGCCAGUUUGGCUGUGGUUUGGGCCCAACACUUGUCGUUGUCCGUCGUCUCUUUUGGCCAUUAUGCAACGACAGCGAAACGAAGGGGCUCACGAAGUGGUCAAGCUGCUCUCCGAUUGGUCGGCAGAAAAAGCCACGAAGCGACCCGAAGUGCGUUCGCUCUCUCUCACUCUCUCGCGGUUCGCUCACUCUCUCGGGAGAGAGUACAAUAAAAAAAUAUAAAAAUAUAAGAAAAGUCAAAACACUCGAACAUACCAGAGGUCGAGUUUUCCGACUUACACAUACCCAUGGUAAUCCGUAAAUUUGACGGCAAUUUUUUAAACUUUUUUUACUUGUUUACUGAAAGGAUAUAGUGUUCUGGAGCAGUGACUUGCAACAGAAAGCAUUUUCGAUCCUUCAAAGUAUAAUGUAUAUAUGUGUAUCUUUUUCAUGCACUUCUGUGUGGAAAGAAACAUUUGAAACCUGUUAUAACAUUUGAUG